AUGCGUAUCACACUGAUACCCGGCACAUUUGAUAAACAAGGUCCAGAUCAUUAUAACUGCGGGGAACCGGUAUGUAUAGAGGAUAUGCUGGCUCACUGUCCCGGGGAACUGGCGGUCAAGGAUGGCGACAAGACUAUUGCGUGUAUGAGCGCCUGUACUAAGUUUAGGACUGAGGCCUAUUGCUGUACCGGUGCCCACCAGCCUAGAGAGAAAUGUGUUAAAAAGGACUGGCCCGUAGACUACCCGUCCACUUUCAAACACUACUGUCCCGAUGCUUAUAGCUGGGCCUACGAUGAUGCUACUAGCACGUUUGCGUGUCAUGGUAAACCGUAUACUGGGUACGAGGUCACUUUUUGCCCUAAGUAA